GCAUCUGGCUAGGAAUUUUUGAACACCCUCCUUGCUGCGUCUCCGGAGGAGAGGGGCUUUUCUCCCCCAAGGAGGCGGGCAAGGCGCUAACCAGCCUCCAUCCCCAUUGACGAGGCGACCGCGAUGGCAAGCGGGAGUGGCGCACGGAUGGAACGAGGUUACGUCUUCGGAUUCUGUUGCCUGGUUCUGUUGGACCCAGGGCGGGUUUGGACCAGGGCUCCCAGCACCCAGGAUCCUGAGCUGGAGGGGCAGGUGGAGAGUCAUGGUAACACCAGCUGGGCUCCCACCUUGGAGGACACCGUGGUGGCCCCCACUGAGGCUGUGCCAGGUGGCGACCGGUGCCGUGGUUACUACGAUGUCAUGGGGCAAUGGGACCCUCCAUUCAAUUGCAACUCAGGGAUCUACCGGUACUGCUGUGGGACCUGCGGUUACCGCUUCUGCUGCCAGUUCAACCAUGGGCGGCUGGACCAAAGUGGAUGCUCCAAUUACGACACCCCCAACUGGGUCAACACAGGCCAGCCGCCGGCCCGGGUGGAUGAGACCCCCGAGGAUCCUACCCGAGACAAGACCAACAUGAUUGUAUAUAUCAUCUGUGGCGUGGUGGCCAUCAUGGUGCUGGUGGGCAUCUUCACCAAGCUGGGCCUGGAGAAAUCACGGAGCCGCCCGACGGAGAUGACCAUGUCCAGAACGCUCACAGACUUACUGAAGCAGCCGGGCCACGGCCCCUCUGACCACAUGACUGACGGCCACAUGGGCAGCAUCCAGGUCCAGAUGGGUGACGGGCUUGCCCGGAGCUCCCCCAGAAAUGGCACAGACAAUAUGCACUUGAAUAAUGCUGUGGUCAGCACCCCUAUCGCCCCCCAGAUGGGGCUGCCACAUGCCCACAGCAACCGGCUGCAGAUGACGAGCACCAUGCCCCAUCAAGCUCCGGACUACGCCAAGUAUGCCACGCUCAAGGCCGUAGAGAGCGCACCGGAAGAAUUCUACAAGCGGUUUCCCAUGGUAGACAUGCCUCCGCCUGGUCCUCUGUCCUUCCCACCCAUGGGGCUGCAUCAGAAAGACAUGCCUCCCCUGCACGACAGCUGUGCCUUGGUUGGCUUGGCUACACCCGGGCAGAAGGCCAAAGUGGUGAAAACCAACACCCACCCACUGGUGGCCAGCCCUGCCUUCAAGGGAGGCUGGGACCCCAGCCAUCACCACCCCCCUGAUGUCCGCCGACAGAUCUAUGCCAACAAGCGCCAGUUCAGCGUCGAGAAGCUGCCGGAGGUCUUCAGCCAGACGCCCACCCACUAUGUCCAGCCCUCGCGGCCCUUCUCCACCAAUAGCAAGACUGAGGUCACUGUCUAAAAAGAACCUUCAUCUUUUCUUUUUAUGUCCCAGCAGCCUCUGGGGCUAACUGUCUUGCCAGUCCAGACCACCUGCUAGAGAAGUACCAGAGGUGCUUCCCCAUUAUAGCUGGUGGCACUAGGGUGGGUGUCAGGAGGGGCGAGGAAGGUGGGGGAAUACCCACCAGCACAGGUGCCCAUACCUCCUGAGAGUACGCGGAUAACGUGCAUGGUGAAACAGGCAUGCAUGUUGCCCUGUGAUUGAUGCACGGCUGUUGUUUCCAGUUCACCUGUCCAUCACAUCACACUUGUACCAGAACGGUCAAUGUUGACGGGAGCCGGGGGACUCACAUCUGAGCCCAGCUGGCGAGGGGGAAGGAACCCCACCCCCACCCCGCAGGGAAGGACAACAGGUGGGAGAUGUGAGACAAGCAAUUGCAAUAGCCAUUAAGGUCCAUUGGGUUAGCACAUGUAACCCGUCCCCUCCCUCUGCCCCUCCACGUGGGUUUUAAACAAGGGCACACAACCACCAGUCAUGCCAGUAUAAACAAACUGUACAAAAGGGCAGCUGGCAAGGGCUCACAAAGAGUUUUACGUUUCCCUUCACUGCCAGCUCAGCUCGCUCCCCUGCACACGCUAGGCACCAGCGCUGCGUGGGGUUGGGGAUUUUUCUUACACCCAUUUUUGAAUGUUUCGAAUGAUGGCCUGGCUGACCUUGCAGUUCUUGUUGCAUUUAGCUCCCGCGGGCCAGGGCUGUGGGUCAGUAGGUGUAUGCAGGGCUGCCCCUGCUGGCUGCAGAGUAGCAAAAUAUAGGUCCUACGUAAACAGUGACUGCUAGCUGAGGUUGGGGGGAGGGGGCUGAUUAUUAUUUUUAGUUUCUGUGGGACAUUUCUGCCAGCAGGGGCAAGGUUGAGCCCUGGCUUUGGCCGCUCAGGCAGGGGCUGAUGGGGGCACGGUGGUUUAAAGGGGUGCAAAGCUGUCUCAGGGGGUAGGCUCUAUGGCCUGGCUGCAUCACAUUUUCCAUGGAGCCUUUCUGGCUGCAGCUACUGCCCAGCACCAGGCCCUGACGGUCACUCCUGCCAGGUUACAGCCCAGCAGAGAGUGUGGGGCUUGGGGUGGAGUUAGGAUGACCAGACGUCCCGAUAUCCACCGGCAGCAAUGUGGGUGGGGUUUUUUUUUUUUGCGCUCUGCCGGUGGGCUCCCCCCAUGUGUCCCUAUAUUUCCUUCCCUUCAUCUGGUCACCCUAGGUGGAGUUGUGGCUCCAGAGCAGAGCCUGACCUCUCCCACCGCACUGGGUGUGAUGGCCAUAAGUGUCACGCGCUUCACUCCUUCCCCCUCAACCUUGUGGCGUUUCUCCCCUACACCCCUGCCCCGGGCCCGGCCAUGUUCCCCUCUCCACUCGUACAGGUUCCAGCACAGGCAGCAGUGCCAAGCUGGCUGCUGGGCUUGCUGCUAGUGCCGGAACUGCUGGGCCUGUGGGGCUUCAGUCACACCCCUACCACCUGUUAUUGCACGCACCGGCUACCUGUGUCACAGCCCCACCCAAAGGCUGCUGCCCAGCCCCAUGGAACUGUAUCCACAGGGUCUCAGGCUGGGUCAGCCCAUGUCUCCCUGACCAUGUUCAACCACCCAUCGUGGUCCACCAUGGAGGUGGUCAAUCUCCUUUGUGCCCACGCCGUUUAGACCCACCCCCGGCAUAGGUUUGAAACGCCACUGCAGCUGUCAGCCUGGGGAAACGGCCACAUUGCUCAACCCUUUGUAGGGGCUGGGCUUUUCUAGUCACCUGUGUGUUUCACUCAGUUGCUGCCCUUGUUGAUUUUUGUUUCCUUAAUUCUGCUCCAUUCCUUUUCAAAAGGGCUUUGUACCACUGGCACGUGUGGCUGUCUGCUAGCCCUCUAAGGGUGCCACUCCCCUGAGCAGUCCCUCUCUGGAGCUAUAUUUCUAUUACCUGGGUGAGAAGCACAUGCUUGGCCAUUGGCAGGGCCAAACCACAGAUACACCUUACUGGUGGGUACAGGUGACGCUGCUGAAGUCAGGUUUGAACUGGGGACCUUCAGCACCAGAAUAAUGAGCCACUAAUGCUUGAGCCAGAGGACAGCUCCGCUAAUGAGCAGCAACAGCCACAUAAACCUCUUAGCUGGACCAGCUACUAAAGGUAAACAUGCCACACUGGGUUACCUUCUAACCCCCAUCACUCCCCCCCCUCCCCCCGCAGUUCAUCUGUCCACAGGACAACAGUGAGCAGCAGAGAGACGAGCGGGAAGAAAAAUGGAACAAAAACGUUCUAUUAGUCCUGGCUUGCUUCCCCCCCUGCUGAUUUGAAGUUCACACACAAACUUUAGGGCCCUGCAGGAGCUGACAAAGAGCCGCCAGUUUUCCUUCCUGCUGCGCGCUGGUUGCUGCAUGGUGGCAAAGGCGUCGGUGGGGAGGACCCAGUGCAUGCCCUUUGCGCAAUGCACUGAACAGCCUCCAACAGGCCUGGACCGCUGCUCAAUCCUGGGGGGGCGGGGCCAUGUUAGCACCAUGGGCUGCCUCCUCUGGCACCAGCCCAUGCGGUGGGCCUGUCAUGUCUGCUUCUGGCUGAGGUGCACACCCCCAAUGACAGCCAGUGCAGACCACCACCAAGGGCUGUAACCCACUUCAUGCUGAGGCCAGGCAGGGUGCCUACCUUCAUCCCCUCGUUGAACUAGGGCUUCCAUAUUGUUUCUGAUGCCUGGAUAUUAAGUGACUUUAGGCCUUGUGCCAGCCCAAGCCCUGCAGUGGGUGAGGCUGGGCUUAGCCCUGCAGCGCAGGCUGCCACACCACACUCGCCCCCCCCAGCCCAAACAGGCCUUUUUUGUAAACCAAGGGGCUUUGCCUCAUCAAGGCCCACUUGGCUCUUGGCCUCUGCUGAGGCUGCGAACAUGGAGGCCAAUCAGUGCCAAUUGCCAGGUGUGUGAGACAGAGAGCGCUGCGGCCACCUGGCCCCUCUGGCAGAUGCUGGAAUAAAGCCAUUAACGUGUUUCACGUGGGCCACCAAGCAGCAAUCAGCUGGCAAAGCUUCCAAGUGGGGGCUGGGGGAUGGACUGAUGCCCCAAAGGGGAAAGGCUCCUCUCCCCCCUUCUCUUCAUUCCAGCCCCGGGUCCUUUGAGCCACUGGACCCCUUAGCAAUAAAUACCACCCCCACCCCCAGGAGCCUGAGCGGUGCAACUGGCUGUGACGGGGCAGCGUGAGAGAGAGCUGGGUAGGACAGCCCGGCCCAUGGACAGCCACAGCAGAACCAGGGCACUGGCUGCAUGAGGGGCAGGGCCGCAUGCCAGGGCCAGGGCCACGGGGGCUCAACCCUUGUGUCCUGCCAGCCCUGGGUCAUUUUUGUUUGUAAGUUCCACUUUCUCCCCCCACCUCCUACAGAAAUAAAAUGCCCCCGUUGCCAGAC